AUGAAAUACCAAGCCACCGACGUUACCAGUCUUGUGGUCCUCAUCACCUGGGCUUGUGUCAAUGUCCCAACCUAUAUCAACCCUCGGUUCAUCUACAUCCUACCGUCUCAGCCCGUGGUCACAACCUUGUUCACCACCGCUGGCCUCACAUUCUGUCCCGGCCUCUUCGACGUCCUACAAGCCACUUCUCCACCACCAGUACUCUGGUUCAAGUCCAUCGAUCCAUACAUCCCUAAGCAUGUCUGGGGUGUGUAUGUCUUGGUCCUGGAAAAGCCUGGUCACCGUACUCUGAUCUACGUUGGAUCGGGAACAGGGGCUGAGAGAGGUGAGGCGCUGAGGGCUGGCUACAAGAUUGUACACACGGCAUUGCUCGCCCAAUGCCCCAAACCUGCUGCGGGAGACAUACCCAGACUCCGUACUCUCGUCAUUGCCGUGGAGGCUGCUUUCGCCUGCGCCUUUUGGGCCAUGAAGUCUACCGAGAAGGACUACAGCUACGGAGAUUUCUGUCCGUGGCCUCGACAAUCUUUUCAAUAUGGUGGCCUAUGUUCACACAAUGCUCUCCUAGAAGGCGUCGGUGGGAAUGAAAAGGACCUGGAUUUCACCCCUGAAGAACUUGAGGAAAUCGACGCGGCCGUUAAGGAGAAGAACCGACUCUACCAGAACGACUAUGGACGGGAACUACGUGCCAAUCCCACUGAGGCAUACAAGGCUCGACAGAAAGUCAACAAUGAGAAACAGAAGCCCGGGACCAAAGCCAGACAGAUGACUGCUGUGGAGACCAAACAGUAUCACUGUAAUGUCUGCAAUGUCUCCUGCCGGGAUGCUGCCUCUCUCAAACGCCACAAUAUGACCCCUCGUCAUCUCAGGAAGGUCAAAAUGGGAGAUUCAGACUUCAUUUGUGAUGAUCUUAGUUCCAAUGCUCGAGCCCUGCGCCGUCUCCGCACCGCCUGUGAGCGCGCCAAGCGCACUCUGUCCUCAUCGGCUCAAACCUCCAUUGAGAUCGAUUCCCUCUACGAAGGUAUCGACUUCUACACCUCAAUCACCCGAGCCCGAUUCGAAGAGCUUUGCCAGGACCUUUUCCGAUCCACCAUGGAGCCAGUCGAGCGCGUCCUACGUGAUUCCAAGAUUGACAAGUCAUCUGUCCACGAGAUCGUCUUGGUUGGUGGCUCCACUCGUAUCCCCAGAAUCCAGAAGCUUGUUUCCGACUUCUUCAACGGCAAGGAGCCCAACAAGUCGAUCAACCCCGACGAGGCUGUCGCCUACGGUGCUGCAGUCCAAGCCGCCAUCUUGUCCGGUGAUACCUCAUCCAAGUCUACCAACGAGAUCUUGCUCUUGGAUGUUGCCCCAUUGUCGCUCGGUAUUGAGACUGCCGGUGGUGUCAUGACUCCUCUGAUCAAGCGCAACACCACCAUCCCCACCAAGAAGUCCGAGACCUUCUCUACGUUCUCCGAUAACCAACCUGGUGUGCUCAUUCAGGUCUACGAGGGUGAGCGUGCUCGCACCAAGGACAACAACCUGCUCGGCAAGUUCGAACUUUCCGGCAUUCCUCCUGCCCCCCGUGGUGUUCCACAGAUCGAGGUUACUUUCGACAUGGAUGCCAACGGUAUCAUGAACGUCUCCGCCGUCGAGAAGGGAACCGGCAAGUCCAACAAGAUUGUCAUCACCAACGACAAGGGUCGUCUUUCCAAGGAAGAGAUCGAGCGCAUGCUCAGCGAGGCCGAGAAGUACAAGGCUGAGGAUGAAGCUGAGGCCGCCCGUAUCGCUGCCAAGAACGGCUUGGAGUCAUACGCCUACUCUCUCAAGAACACUUUGGCCGACUCCAAGGUUGACGAGAAACUCGAUGCCUCUGACAAGGAGAAGCUCAAGUCUGAAAUCGACAAGAUCAUCUCCUGGCUCGACGAGAACCAGACUGCCACCAAGGAAGAGUACGAGUCUCAACAGAAGGAGCUUGAAGGCGUUGCCAACCCCAUUAUGAUGAAAUUCUACGGUGCUGGUGGUGAAGGUGGCAUGCCCGGUGGAAUGCCCGGCGGUGGUAUGCCUGGCGGACCUGGUGGCUUCCCUGGCGCUGGUGGUGCUAGCCACGGCGAUGAUGGUCCAACUGUCGAAGAGGUUGACUAA